GGGGGCGGCGGCAGCUGCGCGCGCGCUGUGGCGAACGGGGCUGCAGCGAGGACCGAGCGGGCCCUGCGGCGGGCGGGCGGACUGCGACGAUGGCCACGGCGGCAGGCGGCGGCGGGCUGGGGGCUACGGCGGGUGCGGGAGGCGCGGCGGCGGCUGCCGCGGGCCUGGCCGUCUACCGGCGGAAGGACGGGGGCCCGGCCUGCAAGUUCUGGGAGAGCCCGGAGACGGUGUCCCAGCUGGAUUCGGUGCGGGUCUGGCUGGGCAAGCACUACAAGAAGUAUGUUCACGCUGAUGCUCCUACCAAUAAAACGCUGGCUGGGCUGGUGGUGCAGCUUCUCCAGUUUCAAGAAGAUGCCUUUGGGAAGCAUGUCACAAACCCGGCCUUCACCAAACUCCCCGCAAAAUGUUUCAUGGAUUUCAAAGCUGGAGGCACCUUGUGUCACAUUCUUGGGGCUGCUUACAAGUACAAAAAUGAACAGGGAUGGCGUAGGUUUGAUCUACAGAAUCCCUCCCGAAUGGAUCGUAAUGUUGAAAUGUUCAUGAACAUUGAAAAAAUGUUGGUGCAGAGCAAUUGUCUGACCAGACCCAACAUCUACCUCAUUCCAGACAUUGACCUGAAGUUGGCUAACAAAUUGAAAGAUAUCAUCAAGCGACAUCAGGGGACAUUUACUGAUGAGAAGUCAAAAGCUUCCCACCACAUUUAUCCAUAUCCUUCCUCCCAAGAGGAUGAAGAAUGGCUGAGACCAGUGAUGCGGAAGGACAAGCAGGUGUUGGUGCACUGGGGCUUUUACCCGGACAGCUAUGAUACCUGGGUCCAUAGUAAUGAUGUUGAUGCAGAAAUUGAAGAUCCACCAAUUCCGGAAAAGCCAUGGAAGGUUCAUGUGAAAUGGAUUUUGGACACUGAUGUUUUCAAUGAAUGGAUGAAUGAGGAGGAUUAUGAGGUGGAUGAGAACAGGAAGCCCGUGAGUUUUCGUCCGCGAAUUUCAACAAAGAACGAAGAGCCAGUCAGAAGUCCAGAAAGGAGGGAGAGAAAAGCGUCUGCUAAUGCUCGAAAGAGGAAACAUUCACCUUCGCCUCCGCCGCCCAUGCCUGCCGAGUCCCGGAAGAAGAGUGGGAAGAAAGGCCAAGCCAAUCUUUAUGGGAAGCGCAGAAGUCAGAAAGAGGAAGAUGAGCAAGAAGAUCUUACCAAGGACAUGGAGGACCCCACACCUGUACCCAACAUAGAGGAAGUGGUGCUCCCAAAAAAUGUGAAUCCAAAGAAAGAUAGUGAAAAUACACCUGUUAAAGGAGGAACUGUAGCAGAUCUAGAUGAGCAGGAUGAAGAAACAGUCACAACAGGAGGAAAGGAAGAUGAAGAUCCCAGCAAAGGGGAUCAGAGCCGCUCAGUUGAUGCUGGUGAAGAUAAUGUGACAGAACAGACCAAUCACAUCAUCAUUCCCAGCUAUGCGUCAUGGUUUGAUUAUAACUGUAUUCAUGUGAUUGAACGUCGUGCUCUUCCUGAGUUUUUCAAUGGGAGAAACAAGUCCAAGACUCCAGAAAUAUACUUGGCAUACCGAAAUUUCAUGAUUGACACAUAUCGCCUAAACCCCCAGGAGUAUUUAACCAGCACUGCUUGUCGCAGGAACCUGACUGGAGAUGUGUGUGCUGUGAUGAGGGUUCACGCCUUUUUAGAGCAGUGGGGGCUUGUCAAUUACCAAGUGGAUCCAGAAAGCCGACCAGUGGCCAUGGGGCCGCCUCCUACCCCUCAUUUCAACGUCUUAGCUGACACCCCCUCUGGGCUUGUGCCUCUGCAUCUGCGGUCGCCUCAGGUCCCUGCUGCUCAGCAGAUGUUAAAUUUUCCUGAGAAGAACAAGGAAAAACCAAUUGAUAUGCAGAACUUUGGCCUUCGUACUGACAUUUACUCCAAGAAAACGUUAGCAAAGAGUAAAGGUGCUGGUGCUGGGAGAGAGUGGACUGAGCAGGAGACCCUUCUACUCCUGGAGGCUCUGGAGAUGUACAAGGAUGAUUGGAACAAAGUGUCAGAACAUGUUGGAAGUCGUACCCAGGAUGAGUGCAUCCUCCACUUUCUGAGGCUUCCCAUCGAGGACCCAUACCUUGAGAAUUCAGACGCUUCCCUUGGACCCCUGGCUUACCAGCCUGUCCCCUUCAGUCAGUCAGGAAACCCAGUCAUGAGCACUGUUGCUUUCCUGGCAUCUGUGGUGGACCCUCGGGUGGCAUCUGCUGCAGCAAAGGCGGCUUUAGAGGAGUUUUCUCGGGUCCGCGAGGAGGUUCCCUUGGAGUUGGUUGAAGCUCAUGUGAAGAAGGUACAGGAAGCAGCAAGAGCCUCUGGCAAAGUGGACCCCACCUUCGGCCUGGAGAGCAGCUGCAUCGCGGGCACAGGGCCUGACGAGCCCGAGCAGCCGGAUGGCUCUGAAGAGGAGAAAAUGGAAACUGAUACUGAUGGUCAGCAGUCUGAAAAGGCAGAAAACAAAGGCGAAAACGAAACAGAUGAAAGUGAUAAAGCACAAGAUGGAGAAAAUGAAAAAAACAGCGAAAAGGAACAGGACAGUGAAGGUAGUGAGGAUGCCAAAUCAGGGGAACCACACAGGCAGCCCAGAGAAGGGAGAGGACAGAGUGUACUGUUCAGAAGAGCCCUCUCAGAAGAAAAGGAGAUUGAAGAGAACAAGGAGCUCACUGAUGCUUGUAAAGAGAGAGAAAGUGGCACUGGGAGGAAGAAAGUAGAGCACGAGAUCUCUGAAGGAAAUGUAGCCACAGCCGCGGCAGCUGCGCUCGCCUCUGCUGCAGCCAAGGCCAAGCACCUGGCUGCUGUGGAAGAGAGAAAGAUCAAGUCUCUGGUAGCUCUCCUGGUUGAGACUCAGAUGAAGAAACUGGAGAUCAAACUUCGACAUUUUGAGGAGCUGGAGACCAUCAUGGACAGAGAGAAAGAGGCUCUAGAGCAGCAGAGGCAGCAGUUACUCACGGAACGUCAGAACUUCCACAUGGAGCAGCUGAAAUACGCUGAGCUGCGGGCUCGACAGCAGAUGGAGCAGCAGCACGGGCAGACCCCUCAGCAGGUGCAUCAGCACUCGGGGCCGCCCGGCGUGAUGCCACCCCCCUACCCUCUGCUGCACCACCAGAUGCCACCGCCUCACCCCCCCCAGCCAGGCCAGAUGCCCGGCCCAGGGCCCAUGAUGUCUGGGCAGCCCUUGCCAGGCCGCAUGGUUCCCACUGUUGCAGCCAACAUCCACCCCACUGGGAGCAUCCCUACACCUCCUGGGAUGCCGCCACUGCCAGGAAACAUCCUGGGGCCCCGGGGACCCCUCACAGCACCUAAUGGCAUGUAUCCCCCGCCGCAGCCGCCGCAGCCUCCACCCCCUGCAGAUGGAGUCCCUCCGCCUCCUGCUCCGGGCCCAGCAGCCUCGGCCGCGCCCUAGCCGGGGAGAUGCAGGGAACAUCCGUGCCCAGCACCGCCAGCUGGAGUGGGGAUGGCAAGACGUCCUUGGGUUUCCUCCAGGACCUUUCUUCUCAUGGCCCCAGCACGCCUCCUGUACCUCCCAGCCCUCUCACCACCCCCCGUACUCCGCACCUCUGUCAGGUCCUCCACAAACACUCAGAGGGAAGCCUGCAGGCACAGUGUGCCCUGGUCGUCCUAAGAAUCACUGCACUGCAUCUCCCGCCCGCCCACAGGCCCUGUCAGCAUUAGCCUGCUGUGCCCUGUUUCUGCUGUCUUGAAGUUUCCCCCUUGUCUUACGCUUCUGGGGAUAAAUACCAUAAUCUUUCAUUUUUGUGGGGUGGGAGUCAUUACUGCUUUAAAGGAGAGCAUUCUAAGUUAAUAGGAACUAAGAAAUGGUGGUGGGCAGAGGGACAGCCAGAGGGGACACACCAUAGGCCUUCUAAGUGACCUCAUUCUUAGCGGAGCUGAGAGUGGUGCUGAUGACAUUUCAUAAGACCCGCCACACACGGGUGCACCGAAACUAACAGAGACAGAGAGAGGUGCCCCGUUGCUCUUACAACCCAAGGGAGGACUGCAGGCCUCCCUGCUGCCUGGCAGAACGAACCCCAUUAGGACCUGGCAGGGGAGAGCAUGGGCCCCCUGGGUCUGGUUUCCUAUGCAGGUGGGUGUUUUGUUUCUCUGAGGUCUUGGAUUUGGGGAUGGACUCCUUGGUUCCCAAGACUAGCCAAGGACGUCUAGGGCAAUGGCCACCGAUGAAUCCAGCCCACUGCUCACUGCUUUGUGUGUAUUCUUUUUUCUUCCUCUUUAAAAAAUAUUCAAAAUGAAAGAAAAAAAAAGGGUAGAUAGUGUUAAACAUUUCUUAGCUCGUUUUGGAACUUGGUUAGAAUGGCUGGGGGUGCAGGUCCCCAAACUACCUCUUGCAGUAGCCAGGGUGAGUUGAGUCUGGUGAAGCGGUACCUUGGUUUGAGAUGGGACUGGAGAAGUGGGGCUUCCCCGGGGAGAAGGGAAGCUGCCCCCUGCUUCUGAGAUCUCACUCCAGCCACCACAGGGUUGUCAGGGAGGUGCACAGGCAGACGCACUCAGCAAUCAGAGCGUCACAUGUUAAGGGCUGGGGUGCCCAGACUGGGUGGGUUGGGGGGUCAGAAUGCAUUCCGGAAGAAGAGCCACGAAAAUGCCUUAAUUUGAGCCACUUCCUUUGCACCCCUGCUGAUGAGUGGCAGAGAGUUCCUGGCUGCUGCUCUUGCCCUCCCCCCCCUCCCCCGUGGGUGGGGAAAGGUGUCCUUGUGGAGCCUGGCACUUCACACUCACAAGUGAUGGUUUCUUUUAGGGUGCAGAGUGGGACACCUUUGGGUAUCUUUCUAUAUAUUCUAUAAAGCUUUAUUGGGGGGGGGUUGUAAAACACCUUAGAACUUUUUUCUUUAAUAUCAGCAAAAAAAAUAAAAACCAUAACUAAGAUUUGCCUUUCAAACCCUCAGGAGUUACUUGUAACCAAGUGGCCUGGCCACCUCCAGGACCCUGAAACCAAGGAGACCUUGUCCUUUGUGUGUUUGCUCUGGACUCUUGGAGAAGAAACGAGCUGUUCCCAUUACAGUUUAGUUCCAAUGCAUUUGCCUCCUAGAAAGACCCCAGCGCCUUUCGGUAGUGGCCAGGGUUUUCCUAGUUCCCAUCAGCCUUGGCAAAAAAGAGACUCAUUCCCGAACACUUACCUUCCUCCCCGGGGUCUUAGAAGGACAUGGAAUUCUGGUUCAUACUGUGGUCCCUCGUAACCUCAGGUCUUUAAAGUGAUCACUUAAAAAUUUAAAAGGUCCAGGUGGAAAUAUUUUUACUAUGCUGGUAAUGAUUCUACAGAAUACCCGAAUUCUUAACACUGUUACAUUUCAGAACAAGUGGCAACUUUUUCUUUUCAUGUUUUACAUCUGGUUUUGUUUUUGUAAUACAGCCACCCAAUUUUGUGAGGGGCUAAUAAUAUGUGGUUUUUGUACAAACGUUUCUCAUGUUAUUUUGGAAAAAUGGAGUUUGGGGAGAUGGGAGGAAAUUGAUGAAGAAGGCCUGGUCUCCCUCCUUUUCAGUGAAUAAAUGAAACAUCUUUCCUGGA